AUGAAUUCCUCUUAAAAAUUAAAGGAAUCUCAAAUUCCAGAAAAGGAAAAAGAUAAAAAUAAGACACAAAAGAGUAAAGAAGAUGCAAAAGAAGCUCUCAAAAAAAUUGUUGAAUAAGCUCGUUAAGCAAUACUAGAGAACAAGCUGAAUGUAACUUUAAUGCAAUAAAAAAGGCUACAGAAGAAGUUCAUAAAGCAAUGAUUGAGUAUAAAGAGAUUUUAGGUGGUGAAAAUAGUGUUCUUCUUCUUCCUGGGUUAUUUAUUUAGGCAGAAGCAUAUAUAGCAGAAGGAAAAUUAAAAAAAGCUGAAGAAUUUCUUCAGGCUGCUUAUUGGAAUCUAUAUUAAUAUAAUAAACCAAAAGAAAAAGGAAGUGAAGAUGGUAACAAAAUGGGAUAAGAUAUAUCAGAAAAGGAGAAUGCAGAGUAUAAUGGUCAGUUGCAUAAAAUAUUUUCAAAACUCUAUUUUGCUUAAAAGGAUUACAAAAAAGCAUUAACAGAAUUAACAAUUGGAGUAUUAAUUCACUCUAAUUUCUGUAUAGAUUUACACUGAUUCUUGCAGUUCUGAUCCCGAACAUCCAUUGACAAGUCUGAAUUAUUAUUAUAUGGGAUAAAUUUUCUAGUAAAAGAAAUAAAAUUCAGAAGCUGAAUAAUUUUAUGCAAAAGUAUGUUUCAUUUCCAUAAUUCUAGACUUCCUAAUGUUGGUAUAAAUAUUUAAAGAGAUAUUAUUAAUAUGGAACUCCCUCAAGUGAAAAUCUUCCAGAAGAUGUUAAUUUCAAAGAGGCUUUGUAAGUCCUUAAAUAAAUUGAAGGUUUUAUUUCUUUAUUAUAUUAGAAUAUUUCAGAAAACAUGUUGAUGAAAAUAGCACCAAAUUAUAUAUUAUGCCAAUCACAUAUAACUUAUAAGCUUAAGCUUUUGUUUACAAAAAACUCAAUAAUGAAGAACAAUAUAGACAUUAUAUGGGAUUGGCUUAUUAAGAAUUUCUUAUGCAGUAUGGAGAAAAUCACAAGAAGACCAAGAAAGUUACAGAAGUUUAGGAAGUUAUUAAAUAAAGGGAAAGAGAAUAUUGA